AUGAGAGAAGACCUCGACCUCCCCGAAUUCGGGUAUCUCUCAUUCGACCAUUUCGUCGUAGUAGGCGCCCCCCGUUCCUCAAUACAUAUCUGCGAGAGCAAGUCCAUGCUAAGCCCUUUGUUUGCCCAGGCAAACUGGGACACGACAUCCCCGCUCUCUAAGUACGAGCAAAAAAAAUUCCUUGUUGAGAAAUGGAUCGCGCUAGGAAAAUAUGGGCGAAACAUUCCGGAGGGGGUACCACAAGACCUCCUCUCAGAGGAAGACUGCGCAAUCAGCACCCUGCUCUCGACAGUCCUAUGGAUCCGGACCUGGUUCGGCGAUCCUACAGAUAAAACAAGCCAAGAAGCCGCAGACACGGCGUACGCCGGACUACGGAAGGAAGUCCUACAACAGGGCUGCGAGAAUAACCACGUCUUCUGCAUCCCUCAGGAGUUCGUCUUCGAGGAUCGGGAGGAACUGACUGCAGAUGCCCAGCGGGACCAGGAUGUGAUUGAAGGCAUUGCGACAGGCAGUCCGGGUUCCGUACCGGAUUAUCUACUUGCGGCGCUGAUGCACUGCCCUGAGCUGUUUGAGGGGAUGUCGGAUGGCGACUGGCGGCAUUUCGAGAGGGAGGAGCGGGCUGAGGAGCUAGCGGAGAAUGAUCGGACACAGAAGGCGCUGGUUCUUGUUGCAGAUCGGAAGGCCUGUGAGGAGGGUUGGGUGCUGGCCCUGGCGGUGAAUGACCGGGGAGAGAUCCUUCCGGUUAGGGUGCGUGAGCGGGCCACGGAGGCGGCGCAGAUUGCGGUGAAUUGGUUUGAGGGCGAGCCUUUGUCGGAGAUUGUGGAUGAUGAGGCUGAAGACGUGGAGUUUUACCUGGGGAAAGGGUAUGGGUGGGAGUAG